AGCCAUGGUCGGUCGGAAGGGAAGAAAAAACUUUGUGAGCUGUCCAGUAGUAUUGUGAGAGGGAGAGAGGAAGAGGCGCAAUGGGGAAGGGGAGGUUCGGGGUUCUGCUGUGUGCGGAGGACUCCGACUACGUCAGGAAGAGGUACGGCGGGAUUUUCGGCGUCUUCCUCGGAAUGCUGACGGAAGAGGGCGAGACAUGGGACGUCUUUCGUGUGUUCUCCGGCGAGCUGCCGGAGGACGACGACCUUGCGGAUUACGACGGCUUCGUCAUCACCGGAAGCUGCCGCGACGCCCACGGCAACGACCCGUGCAUCUCUGACCUGUGCUUCCUCCUCAAGCGCCUUCACGCCCUGCGAAAGCGUGUGCUCGGCGUCUGCUUCGGCCACCAGGUACUGUGCCGUGCAUUGGGAGGAAAAACUGGUAGAGCGGCCGGUGGUUGGGAUAUUGGAGUUACGAGCGUGAAGAUAUUACCUUCUGCAUCGCUCCCUGCACAUGGCAUUCCUUCUUCCAUCUCUGUGAUUGAGUGCCACCGGGAUGAGAUAUUGGAGUUACCUCCAGCUGCGGAGGUGCUGGCAUGGUCAGACAAGACGAAGGUGGAGAUGUUCAAGCUUGGUGACCACAUCUUGGGCAUUCAGGGCCACCCAGAGUACAAUAAGGACAUCCUCUUGCACCUUAUUGAUCGACUUCUCCACCGCAACCUAAUAGACGUGUCUCAUGCUGACAAGGUUAAGGAAAAGUUGGACAAGGAUGAGCCGCAUCGCGAGGCAUGGAAGAGGCUGUGCCGGAGCUUUCUUAAAGGUGGUUUAUAAAUCAAUAGUAGCCUUAUAAAUAUGCUUGUAUGGUUGCUCAGAAAAUUAUGUAUGUUUUCUUUUUUACUUUGGAAUAAGGAGGUGAGGCACAUAUACACUGUCAAAUGAGAAAAAUAUUAAAGUUUUUCUCUACUUUCAGCCUCACCAUUUUUCCUUCUUCUAGUCAGUCAAAAGCCUUCACUUGGGAGUUGUUGGACAUUGAUUGAGAUAGUUGAAAUUUGAAUACUAAUUUGGGAA